UGAUUGACAAACGAAACAGCUGUAAAAACAUUGUAGAAAUUUGAUUACAAGUCUAUUAAAAAAGAAAUCCACAAGCUGAAAACUGAAUAUCUUAUUCCCACUUUCCUAUUCCCUUUACAAAAUACAACACUUACAAUGUGUCUGUUAAAAUAAUUAACAAUUUAAAGUUUCUGUUCUUUAUAAAAUGGUUUUUCAAAAUACCGGGAAAUAUAGAGCCGAUAAGGAUGCAAACAAAAAGGAUGCAGGAUUCUCAUCUGGACCAAGGGAAGAAUCUUCUGAAUCACGGAUUCGUGUGACUUUGGAUAACGACAGGAUAGAUUCUAAGUAUGGAUUUGAUAGGGUGCGAGAUACCAAAGAGCGUACAGGUUACCUGAUUAACAUGCACACUGCGGAAGUGUUAGAUGAAGACAAAAGGUUAGUUGCAGCCAUGGACUACUAUUUCAUAGAGAUGGAUGGUUCCAGGUUCAAAGUGUCAAUGACGUUUAACCCCUAUUUUCUGGUGCUACCAAGGAAGGAAUGUGAAAAGGAAGUUGUUCAAUACUUGUCCAAAAAGUUUGCAGGCAACCUUAAUAAGAUUGAAAUUAUUGAGAAGGAAGACUUGGAUUUGCUUAACCAUCUCUCUGGCAUAAGACAGCGUUACAUUAAGUUGUCAUUCAUAUCACAGAACGAGAUGAUGAAAGUGAGAAGGGAAAUAUUGACCGCCGUAAACAAAAAUAAGGAAAGAGAGAAAAAAGAUGCAAUAUAUUCUGAAAUGUUGACAAACGCUCUGACAAGUGCUGCUGCAAUCGAACAUGCUAAGAAAACAACUGAUCAUAUGGAUAAUGUCUUAGAUAUAAGGGAACACGAUGUACCAUACCAUGUGCGAGUAUCAAUAGACAUGAAGAUUUUCUGUGGUACAUGGUACACUGUUAAAAGCAGAGGCACAGAAACACCCGUAUUCACAAAGAGAGAUGACAUCAUAGAAAGACCGGACCCUAUAGUCUUAGCGUUUGAUAUUGAAACCACAAAACUGCCAUUGAAAUUUCCGGAUUCGCAGACUGAUCAAAUCAUGAUGAUAUCGUACAUGAUAGACGCGCAGGGUUACCUGAUCACAAAUAGAGAGAUUAUAUCGGUUGAUGUUGAGGAUUUUGAGUAUACACCCAAACCGGAGUUCGAAGGACAAUUCAUAAUUUUCAAUGAACCGAAUGAAUUGGCGUUGAUACAAAAGUUUUUUGAUCACAUCAUGGAUGUGAAACCCCAUAUUUUUGUUACAUACAAUGGUGACUUUUUCGACUGGCCAUUCGUAGAAGCGCGAGCGGCGAUCCUCGGUCUAGAUAUGAAGCUUGAGAUAGGCUUCAGUAAGAUUGUCUCUAGAGAUGGUACAUACGCUUGCCGACCGGCGAUGCAUAUGGAUUGUUUGUGUUGGGUAAAAAGAGAUUCGUACCUGCCGGUGGGUUCGCAAGGCCUCAAAGCUGUAGCUAAAGCAAAAUUGAGAUACGAUCCCGUGGAGUUAGACCCCGAAGACAUGUGUCGAAUGGCCGCUGAGCAACCACAGGUGUUAUCAAAUUAUUCGGUGUCCGACGCCGUGGCGACAUACUAUUUGUAUAUGAAGUAUGUUCAUCCAUUUAUAUUUGCGCUCUGCACGAUCAUUCCAUUGGAACCUGAUGAGGUACUCCGGAAAGGCUCAGGAACACUAUGCGAGUCGCUGCUCAUGGUUGAAGCCUUCCACGCGAAUAUUGUGUUUCCUAACAAGCAAGUCGAAGAACUGAACAAGUUGACUAGCGAUGGCCACGUUCUAGAAACCGAGACUUACGUCGGUGGGCACGUAGAAGCGCUCGAGUCAGGCGUAUUCCGCGCUGAUAUAAAAUGCAAGUUUCGUAUAGUGCCGUCCGCCAUAGACAAAUUGAUGGAAAACACAGACAAAACCAUGAGGCACGCGAUAGAGGUCGAGGAGGGCAUACCGUUAGACCUAGUGACAAACUUCGAAGAGGUUUGCGCGGAAAUCAAAUCGAAGUUGCAACACAUGAAGGACCAUCCAAGAAGAGAUGAAAAUCCCUUGAUCUACCAUUUGGAUGUUGGGGCUAUGUAUCCUAACAUUAUUUUGACUAACAGAUUACAGCCAUCAGCAAUGGUCAACGCAAGCGUAUGCGCAGUGUGCGACUACAACCGGCCCGGCGCCGAUUGCCAGAGACAUAUGGACUGGAUGUGGCGGGGAGACUUCCUGCCAGCAACCCGGAGUGAAUAUCAAAGAAUACAACAGCAAUUGGAAACGGAGAAGUUCCCUCCAUUGUAUCCUGGUGGGCCUCCAAGGGCAUUCCACACUUUACCUAAAGAGGACCAGGCUGCAUAUGAAAAGAAACGUCUAGCGGAUUACUGUAAAGUGGCGUAUAAGAAAACUAAAGUGACAAGGACCGAAGUGCGUACCACGACGAUAUGUCAGAAAGAGAACUCAUUCUACGUCGACACGGUCAGAGCGUUUAGGGAUCGUCGCUACGAAUACAAAGCGUUAAACAAACAGGCGAAAGCAAUGGUCGGUCAAGCGGUCGCGAGUGGUGAUGCUGCUGAAAUAAAAAUUGCAAAGAGUCGCGAAGUUUUGUAUGACUCGCUACAAUUGGCCCAUAAGUGUAUUCUAAACUCUUUCUAUGGUUACGUUAUGAGAAGAGGAGCUCGAUGGCACAGUAUGGAAAUGGCGGGCAUCGUGUGCUACACCGGCGCUAACAUCAUCAUGAAGGCGCGAGAAAUUAUUGAGCAAGUGGGACGACCACUCGAACUGGAUACAGAUGGUAUAUGGUGUAUUUUGCCUUCAUCGUUUCCCGAAAACGUCACAAUCCACACAACGCAUCAAAAGAAGAAGAAAAUUAACGUAUCGUUUCCCAAUGCAGUUCUCAACGCUAUGGUUAAGGAUCACUUCACCAACGAUCAAUACUACGAGCUCACAGAUCCAGUGGAAAAAACGUAUGAGAAACGGGCGGAGAACUCAAUUUUCUUCGAAGUAGAUGGUCCAUAUCUUGCUAUGGUGCUACCCGCCUCGAAGGAAGAAGGGAAAAAAUUAAAGAAACGAUACGCUGUGUUCAAUUUUGACGGAUCUUUGGCUGAAUUAAAAGGAUUCGAAGUAAAACGCCGUGGUGAAUUACAGCUAAUAAAGAUAUUCCAAUCGUCCGUAUUCGAAGCGUUUCUGAAAGGGAACGAUCUAAAGGCAUGUUACGGGGCAGUCGCUAAAGUGGCAGACUAUUGGCUCGAUGUUUUAUACAGCAAAGGGUCUAAUAUGCCCGAUUCGGAGUUGUUCGAAUUGAUCUCGGAAAAUAGAUCAAUGUCUAAGAAAUUGGAAGAUUACGGCGUGCAAAAGUCGACGUCGAUAUCUACCGCGAAGAGAUUGGCGGAGUUUUUGGGGGAUCAGAUGGUGAAGGACGCUGGAUUGGCUUGCAGGUUUAUAAUCUCACGGAAACCGGACGGCGCGCCUGUGACCGAGCGGGCGGUACCAUUAGCAAUCUUCCAAUCCCCAGCAGCGGUCAAGAGACAUCACCUAAGAAGAUGGCUAAAGGAUAACACUAUAAAUGAGGACAUAGACAUCAGAGAUGUGUUAGAUUGGGCGUACUAUAUUGAGAGGCUCAGCGGUGCCAUACAGAAGAUUAUCACGAUACCUGCAGCUUUGCAAGGACUUGACAACCCAGUUCCCAGAGUUCAAUACCCUGACUGGUUGCACAAGAAAAUGUUAGCAAAAAGCGACAAGUUCAAAACUAGGAAGAUCACAGAUAUGUUUUCAGCGAAAUCUAAGGAUUCCCCAUGUGAACAAAACGAAGAGGAUGUUUCCGAAAACAAUGCUUGCGCAAAUACAGAAGUAGAUAUAGAAGAUAUUGGUAAAGAAGUUUCUGAACCUGGCAUCAUCCGACCCAUAGUGCAUAGUGUUAAGCGAAAACGUGAAGAGUCACCAGUAAAAGAAGCCGCCACAUGGAGAGAGGCGUUGGGACCUCCCCCGCCUUUUGGCACUACCAAGGAAGAACGAAAGGCUUGGAUAGUUUUUCAAAAGAAGAAAUGGAUGUGGCAAAUGGAGCAACGUGGCCUUCGUAGCAAGAGCAAACGAGGUAAACCGGAUAACAAUGCACCCUUGAUGUCUAAGAAUACAGGUCCAACAAAUACUCUCGGGGGUUUCAUAAAGAGAGCGCAACGUACACUUCUAAACACGCCUUGGCAGAUUAUACAGAUAGCGGAAACAGCAGAACCAGGCUUAUUUAGAUUAUGGGCAUUAGUAGGCACGGAGUUGCACCAAAUAAAACUGACAGUGCCCCGGAUUUUCUACGUGAAUCGACGAGUUGCCCGGGACGAGGAGAACGGCCCGUACUGGCGUCGCUGCAACCGAGUGUUGCCGCGUGCGAGGCCCGCCCACCAUCUGUACCAGUACACCGUGCCAGAGUCGUUGUACAGAGAGAGAUGCCAAGAACUUAUGAGCGAACUGUCGGCACCAGAAAUCGAGGGAAUAUACGAGACACAAAUGAGUCUCGAAUUCAGAGUGCUCAUGCAACUUGGGUGUAUUUGUGCUGUCGACCCAACAGAGGCGAGACGAUUAAUUCAAUUUGGUUCAAACAACAUGGAUUCCUAUGCACUGAGUCAAUUACAGUUUAAAAGUGUUGCCCAUCAGCCGUAUUUGCCAAAACAGGACGGAGUGUCGCCUAUAAAACAUAUAUUCUUGUAUCAACACUCUGCACCAAACUCCAGCCGUAGUAUGUGGGCAUUAAUACUAGGUCCAGUGAAAAAAGCGUAUAUUUUCGUAUUAGACACUGUCAAAACAAACCAAGUGCCUAAUAUGAACACUCUGUAUACUGCCGAGCGAACUGCCAAGAUCAACCUCGGUACGGAUGAGAGUACUCUACCAGGUCAGGAACUCACUUGGGAAGUGGCAGCGGAGUCGGAAGGUCGUGCAGUAUGGCGGGGGGUUCAAAGAGCUCUGCAGAGAUACCGCGACGAAAGAUGUGGACCAACAGUUGUGGCUCUUCAGACUGCCUUAUCCCCAGCUGCUUUAAUCGCUUUGAUGCCAGGUUUGUCGGACUUCCCUCUGGUUCCGUUGCACGUGCGUGACGUAGAAACGCUGUACAAUACAUUGGAAUGGCAACGAUUGGGCGCGCGUGCGAUAGUGCGGCAUUAUCUGAAUUUGGACUCUGUGGUCGAUCUCACAGUUGAGCAAUGCAGGUAUUUCCAUUUGCCGCUUGGCAACACUGCAGCAGAUCCGACUCAGUUCGGCGCGGACCUUUUCUUUGCAAGGCACCUCGCCAAACACAAUUUUGUGCUUUGGUGCUCUAGCCUGGAGAGACCCGAUCUUGGCGGGAGAGAAAUUGACGAUAACAGGCUAGUGAGCGAGGCGGAGGAGUGGUCGGGCUGUAGCCACAGUUCGAGCGGCGCUUACGGCGGCGUCUGCGUAUCGCUGGACUGCGACGCUCUCGCUGUAUGCGCUCUGCUGCAAGCGCAUCAUAUAUUACAGGUUGAAGGAACGAGCGUAGCCACUUCGUUUGGUGCUCAACACGCCAACAUUCAGGACGUUAUGGCUUCUACAGGCGCCAACGCAACAGAGACGUACGAUGAAACAGCGCAAUGCAGUGCCGCCUUCAAGAUUCUGCGUACAAUGAUCGCGUCGUGGCUACGUGACGUAACGCUCUACAAGAACGUCUUCGCUGACUAUCAGAUAUCGCAUUUUUACAGAUGGCUAAAAACACCGACAUCGUUGCUCUACGACCCGGCUUUGCGGCGUACGUUAUACAACUUGAUGAAGAAGCUGUUUCUUAUGUUGGUGGCGGAAUUCAAGAGGCUGGGCUCGCAAAUCGUAUUCGCGGACUUCAAUAAAAUAAUACUUUUUACAAAGAAGAAUUCCGUUAUGGAUGGCAUCGGCUACGUGGAAUUCGUCGUGCAAAGUAUAAGGAAUAAAGAGUUAUUCCACGGCAUCGACAUCAGAUAUAAACAGUGCUGGUCGUAUCUUCUGUGGUUAGAUGAAGCCAACUAUGCAGGGAUUGAGGGUAAACUACCCCAAGGAUUAGUUGAAGUAGGAUCAUCCCAAGUGGCCGAUGCAACUGAAGAGCAAUCCCAGGAGGGUGAAGUAACAAUGCACUGGAACAUAGCUAACUUCAUGCCGAGUGCUGUCCGCGAGGCGUUUUACGCGGGUGUGGCGGGCUUCCUUAGCGCAGCGCAAUCGGAACCUGAGCGUCUACCCGCCCUACUGGCGGGGGAGAUCUCGCAGAAAUUAUUUCAGAUGACGGAAAAGAUAAACCGUCGUAUGCCGACCAUGAAGCUGGAAGACAUCGGUGCCCAAGCCGGUUUACGUGCGGACGCGUUACAAGGGAUCACUCCUGCUUUGCUGUUUGUGAACGCGCUAUGUAAAGUGUUGGCACUAGACCAGCAAUUAGAUGACGAGGUGACACUUGUGCGUCGUAACUUACUACGGCUGAUCGGUGUGGGUGAGUUUAGCAGCGCGGCGGAAUGGCGGGAGCCUUGCGCCUCUUGUAUCCUGGGAGAGGUGAUCUGCAAAGUGUGCAACCACUGUCGUGACCUCGACCUCUGUCGUGACACUCAUCGGCAGCACGGAGACCCCCCCGUAUGCCUGUGUCCAACGUGUGGUACCGCGUAUGAGAAUCAAGAGUUAGAGUGGAGGCUGAUCGAGACAAUGAACAGGCGAGCAAUGACGUACACGUUGCAGGAUCUUGUCUGCGUCCGGUGUCGACAGGUGAAACGAGAAAACCUUUCAACAGUGUGUGACUGCGCAGGAGACUUCACUACAAUAGUGCCUAUCGUGGAAGUUAAAACGCAGCUGGCUACCUUCAAAACCAUUGCAGAGUAUUACAAAAUGCCCUUACUAUUGGAACUCAUUGAAUUUAAUUUAUGUAAUAUGUGAUAUAAUUGUUAAGUCAUAUUUUAUAAGGAGCAAUU